UACGUCUCGCGAGAGUUCCUUUUGCGCGCGAACUCUAAGUGCCCGGGUACCUGGGCCCGCUCGCAGCUAGUGACUGUGCAGGUCACCGGGGCCCGCGGCGACCCCGGCAGACCUGGACACCUUUAUCACCCCGCCAUGGAGACCUCAGCGCAGCAGGAGCAGCAGCAGCCGGUGGCGGCCAAGAUCAGAAACCUGCCCUGGGUUGAAAAAUACCGGCCACAGACACUGAACGAUCUGAUUUCUCAUCAGGACAUUUUGAGUACCAUUCAGAAAUUUAUUAGUGAAGACCGCCUGCCACACCUGCUUCUCUAUGGUCCUCCGGGGACGGGAAAGACCUCCACCAUCCUGGCCUGUGCAAAACAGCUGUACAAAGAUAAGGAAUUUGGCUCCAUGGUCUUGGAGCUGAAUGCUUCAGAUGACCGAGGAAUAGAGAUUGUUCGGGGACCCAUCCUGAGCUUUGCUAGCACAAGGACAAUAUUUAAGAAAGGCUUCAAACUAGUGAUCCUGGAUGAAGCGGACGCCAUGACUCAGGAUGCCCAGAACGCCUUGAGGAGAGUGAUUGAGAAAUUCACGGAAAAUACCAGAUUCUGCCUCAUCUGUAACUACCUGUCCAAGAUCAUCCCCGCCCUGCAGUCCCGGUGUACAAGGUUCCGAUUCGGCCCGCUGACUCCUGAACUCAUGGUCCCCCGCCUGGAACAUGUCAUAGAAGAAGAGAAAGUGGACCUGAGUGAGGACGGGAUGAAAGCACUCGUGACCCUUUCCAGCGGAGACAUGCGAAGGGCUCUGAACAUUCUGCAGAGCACCAACAUGGCCUUCGGGAAGGUGACAGAGGAGACGGUCUACACGUGCACUGGGCACCCCCUCAAGUCCGACAUUGCCAACAUUCUGGACUGGAUGUUGAAUCAAGACUUCACCACGGCCUACAGAAAUAUUAUGGAGUUGAAGACGCUGAAGGGGUUGGCGCUCCAUGACAUCCUGACUGAGACCCACCUAUUUGUGCACAGAGUUGACUUUCCAUCUUCAGUUCGAGUGCAUUUAUUGGCCAAAAUGGCAGACAUAGAGUACAGACUGUCUGUAGGCACCAACGAGAAGAUUCAGCUGAGUUCCCUCAUUGCCGCUUUCCAGGUCACCAGGGACCUGAUUGUCACAGAGGCCUGAACACCGAGCCCGUUCGCAGCAAUUCGCAGGCCCCACAGAGACCAGACGGCGGGACUGAGUUACAGCUGGGCACGAAUGCCACUAUCGCCCCAAGCUUUGGGAAAGUCUUCCCAGCGUGGUUGGGCCAAGGUUCAGAAAGUAGCAUUUGAGGCCGGGCACAGCAGGUCAAGAACAGCUGUAAGGCCCAGCUCUCUGCUGCACUGCCCACUGUGUUUUAUAGGGAAAAAGAAAGUGCAAUGAGCUUUUGGGGGGGGGGGGGGUUCUUUUGUUUUUUAAAGCCUUAAGGCUUUUAUCUUUCAGUUGCUUGGAAGACAGGAAAUUGGCCUGCCCCAUUUUGGUCUGGAACCUGAGGCUUCCCAACCGCCCGUGGGGCAGCGUCUUCUAACUCCAGGUGAACAGAGGAGCCCCACACGGAAGUGCACAGACCUCAGUGGGGGGUGCGGUCUCUGGAUCUGCUCUGAGUAGGUGUCAAAGAAGAAAAAGAGAUGUGCAUCGAUUUCUGGCCCAAACUGCUGUACUCUUAUAAAUGGGCUCAGCUGGCUUACUUUAAAAUCGUCUUUUUAUUUCUCCUCUACUAGCAAUUAGUUCCUAAUUGUGGCAGGGACAGCAGGGGUAGGGACCUGGGCUUCUGUCAGUGCAGGCAGGGCAGGUGUGCUGGGGCUGGGCUCCAAACUGCUCCCCCCCCCCCCCCCCCCGCGCCAAUGCGGGAAGGACAGGGCCCUGUGGACGGGGUGGCAGUCUCUCUUGCAGCAAACAAACAGGCUGCCUUUGUUGAUGGCCUUCUUUUCGGUAAAAAUAAAGCAGCUUGCAUGCUGGCUGUUACGAGUGACUCUUCCCUUCCCCAGUCAGAAAGACACUGACUUACUCAACUUGCCUGUGUGUGAGAUCCUUCCCCCCAACCCCCAUGUCACAGAUCAAGCCUCCUUCAGAGGCUGCUCUCUCUGAAGGUGUCAGCUUUUCAGACUAUCAAAAGGGAGAGGUUGGUUAUUUCCCACAUCCACAGACACCUCACUCCCUGAGGACCCCAAGCAAAGUCUGAAGCUAACGGCCAGAGGGGGCCUCGGGGAAGCCACCCAGAACCUCUUGGGCUGCUCCGGGACAGUUCAAGAUGACCCCAAGGAGUAAAACUGGCCCCAGCCGUUCCCCGCUCUCCUCACUUGUUUUAAAAGGUCAUAUUUUUUUUUCUUAGUGGAGAAAAUGAAACAGCCAAAAGCUUUGUAACUUUCCUUCAACGAAAUCCUCUCAUCUCGAAAAGAAAUGUUUUUUUCUCCAGCAACAAAGGCGGUAGAGGAGACGCUUAUACUUUUGCGACAAGUUUUAUCACGUUAACACUGGCCUCCACAAAGCACCUAGUAAGAAAGCCAAAGGAUAAGAUGUUGCAUUUCUUUUAAAAUAAUUUAAAAUAUAUUAAAUUUUCCAAAGGCAGAUUUCAUUGCAAUGAGGUGUCUUGAUCAGAGAACUACACGCCGCUGAAGGAGAACAGUACUUUCAAGGAGCUAUUUUUGUUAAGGGGGAAGAGGUGAAACGGGCUGACUUGUCCGAUGAGGCAAAGCAGCAAAGUCAGACCUCAGACGCGACAGUCAGCCAAAGGGGCGACAAUACCAAUUCUCUACGCCACGAAGAAGAGACAUCUUCACAACCGUUCGACUUAAGAACUAUGGUUUUUAGAUGCCAGGGAGGAAAACACAGUUGUACCUUAACAUCUGUUGAGAAAAUACAAAUAAAUAGGCUACCACCAGCAAACCGCUGACAACUCAGUCGCCAUUUUGGACAGUCAUGCAGUUGAGGAAUACGUCCUUGUGUAACCGGACACACGCGUUUGUCAUCUCCUGCACAUGCACACCACUGCUUAUCCAAAAAAAAAAAAAAAA